AUGGACCCUUAUACGGAGUACGACAGCGACACACAGGCACGGCAUCAAGUCCGCCCGUCACGGAAGGGAACAACAGAAGCCGUGGCCACUCUGCCAGCGACACUUUUCUCUGGGCCAUUCUGGCGCCAAUGGGAGGUUGUGGGAAAAGUCGAGUCCGGCAGCGUCAAGAAUGACCGGCACGGCUCCUGGCAUGGCAUGUUUAUGUAUCCUUGGCUAUAA